AUGCUGCGCCGAAAGGAGCGCUCCGUUGCGAGCGAGAGGGACGCCCUUACGGCGGCGCCCGGGCGCGAGCUGGCACGCAGCAGGUCCGGCAUCGAAUCCGUGCGCGUGCGCUUACGAAUUGCAUUCCCAUACAGGGUAACGGCGCCCGAUCACCUCUCUCGCUUCCCCCGGAGGCACAGCGCCCGAGCACUUUCGGCCAGUGGGAAAUACCCCGGCAGCCGAACGAUAAAGUCCGCGCGCACCGCC